AACAGUACUUUACGGGACUAUCUGAAAUUUGGACUUCUGUCGUUGCAGUUUCUUUCUUUCUUUCAGACGGUGGAGACAGGUCACCACCUCUUUUCUCUCUCUCUCAUUCCGUGUUCUUUUACCGUUUUAUUUGGAGUGCGUUUUGCAAGGACUAGUCUCAAGCCAUGCUGUGGAGAGCGGGGCUCGUGUUGCUGCUGUGUUGGGGCAGCACCGGGGAGCUACGUCAUCAACCCCGGGACUCCCCGGAACGUGAAGACCCGACGAGCAAACUGCAGGCAGACUCCGCGUCCGUGAGCACGCGGCAGCAGCGGUCCCCGCCCCCGGUAGAACCCCUAGACUUUGGGUUCGUGCCCUCCGGUGUGUACGACACGCACGCCUACUACGAGCCCGGUGCCAUCGGUGUUCUGUUCCACAUGGUGCACGCGUUCCUUUACGUGGUCCAACCGAACCCCUUCCCGAAAGAUCUCAUCGUAAAAGUCAUCCAACAGAACAUGGGAGGGAUAAAACUGGAAGACUAUCGCAAGCCGGAGAACGUUGUCUUAAUGCUACAGACGAUCUACUAUGAGGCGGGUUUCCUGUUGUGUGUGAGUCUGGGCUGUGUAUUCCUGGUGUUGACCCCCGUGGUAGGACUGUGUUUCUGUGUGUGUCGCUGCUGUGAGAACUGUGGAGGGGAGAUGCACCAGAGACAGGGGAAGAACCCAGACUGUCAGAGAGGAUUCUACACGGCCGCUCUCAUCACCACCUCCAUAUUCAUCACGACUGGGGUGCUGAUAGCGCAUGCUGCCAACCACAACAUCACGUCUCAGAUCAAGUCAACACGCCGUUUCAUCAGCACCAACAUGAGAGACCUGAAGACCUUCGCUAACAACACACCGGCGCAAAUAGACCAUCUGACGGCCCAGUACACUACAGCUAAGAAUAAAGUCCUGUCUGACCUGGACAACAUCGGGCCUCUGUUGGGUGGGAGGAUCCAGACUCAGCUGGAGAAGGAGGUAGUUCCUUCUCUGGACACAGCUCUGCGCAUGGCUGGAGGCAAAGUGGAGAACGCCGUUAAAGCUCUGCGUGAGUCUAAGGAGGCGUUGGAGAGUGUUAGUUCUUCGUUGGAUGUUCUUCAUGAGGGAACCUCUCGUCUGGCGCUCCGUCUGACGUAUGAACGGACCUCCCUGUCCAACACCCUGUCUGAUCCGGCCUGCACUAACGGAGCUGUGUCACGCACCUGCAACAACAUCCGCAUUACACUCCCACAGCUGGGAAUCAACAGCAACUUCUCUGGGUUACCAGACGUCAGUCCCCAGUUGGCCAGUUUAGAGAUUGCCCUGAAGACAGACCUCAGCAACAUUUUACAGAAGGGUUAUUCAUCCUUCAAUGACACCCCCAGACUGGUCCAACAGCAGACUAAGAAUGUAGUAGCAGGAGUGAAGGCCAUGCUGGAUAAAAUAGGAGUAGAGAUUAUAGGUUUCUCUAAGAUGUUCCCAGUGGAAGCAUCUCUGGCCAACUUCACCAUCUUCCUGAGUCAGGGCCAGAAGAACAUGGAGGCCUAUUACCCUCAGAUAGACCAGAUGGACUUCUACAGGUGGAUAGGCUGUGUGGCCGUGCUGUGUUCAGUGGUUCUGGUUUUGACCUUUAACUUCCUGGGUCUGUUGUGUGGAACGUGUGGCUACGACAAACAGGCCACGCCCACCACCCGCGGCUGCCUAUCAAACACCGGAGGCAACCUGCUAAUGGCAGGUGUAGGGUUCAGCUUCAUCUUUGCCUGGGUAUUGAUGGGGCUGGUAUCAGCAGGGUUUGUUGUCGGGGGCAACAUUGAGAAGCUGUUCUGUGAACCGCUUGCUAACAGACAACUGUUCAAGAUCAUAGACACUCCCUAUAUGGUCCAUCCUGCCAAGAAGAACUUCCUGCCUGGCAUGCUGUUCCAGAACCCUAACAUCAACCUGACUGUAGGAAGCAUGUACCGAGACUGCUAUGAUAACAACGGGCUGUACCAUGCUCUGCAGCUGGAAACAAUGUUCAACAUCAACACCUUCCUCAAAACAACCGUGUUUAACAAGGACCUGGUGAAGGUGUUUGACAGCGUGAGCAUCGACCUCCAGAGCAUUGUGUUAUUGGAGCAGGAUGGACGGGAUAACCUGCUAACCUUCUCUAACGCUGGGAUAGGAGAUAUUAACUAUGCUGCUUACCUAGCAGAGGUGAAUAAAGGUGUAACUCUGGUGGAUCUGCUGUCGUUUUCCAACGAGCUGGAGGCCCAGGCAGACCUUCUGCCGCGGGGAGCUCUAGAGAAUGCUUUGAAGGGUCAUGCCAGCAGCAUACGACAGAUCCACAGAGAACAGGUCGUCCCUAUGGAGCAGGCCAUGAAAUUUGUCCGAGCGCGGAGCACCCUCAGCCAGAGCAUCCGGCUACUGCAGAGGACAGCUAAGGAACUACCUGUGAAGGUGACUAACGUCCUUAGUGCCAUCGACGAAGCAGAGUACCUCAUCACACACAACGCUUCACGCGUGGUUAAACAGGAGAGAGAUGUGUACAUGCAGAGCCUGGUUGGAUACUUCAGACAGUACACAGACUGGGUCAAAAACUCUCUGACAGGGGAGGUGUCUCAGUGUAAGCCCAUCAGUAACAUCAUUGACUCCAUGGAGAUCGUUACCUGCAGCUUCAUAGUCGACUCAGUGAACACGUUCUGGUUCGGUCUGGGUGGUUGCUGUGUGUUCCUGGUUCCCAGCAUCAUCCUGUCAGUCAAACUGGCCAAGUACUACAGGAGGAUGGAUACGGAGGAUGUGUUUGAAGAGGGCCAAGAAAACUGGUAGAGAAACAAAAGUUGGGAAAGAGAACAAAACAACAACAACCCAAGAAGACAGAACUCUGCUGAUCUCCGCCCCACAACAACCUGAUUGGAUAAGGACCUUAGCUGCCAGCCAAUUACAGUAGCCCAAAUGAUGCCCUGUACGUUCCAUCGCCCAAUCACAACACUAGUUCUGUCUGACAUCACCGUAGUUUCUGAACAUUUCACCUGUGUGAACGUGUUGGUGGAUUAUUUCUAUAUAGUUGAUUUGAUAUAUCAGAGUUAUUAUAGACACGUGUUCUGUUUGUUUCUACUCAGCUGGAACCACUGACUCAUCUCAAUGACUUGUACAUUUUAUACGCUUUCAACACCUUUGAAAGUUUUAUAUAUUUUUUAAUAUAAUAUGUUAGCAUGUUAGCGGACGCUAGCUACCAAACCAUGUUAGCAUGUUAGCAGACACUAGCUACAAAACCAUGUUAGCAUGUUAGCUAGCGGACGCUAGCUGCUUGUUGUUUGACAGCUGUAACCAUCGCAUUGACUGUGAUGUCAUAUCGGUGAUGUCAUAUCGGUGAUGUCAGGACUGUGAUGUCACGACUGAUGUCACUGCAGGAUCUGAAUCUGUGAAUAAAGAUGUCA